CCUCACGAGGAGUCUCAGGAUAAAACACAGAGCAGAAGCAGGAGCACAGGAGACGACAAGAUGACUGCCUCAAGGAAUGAACUGGAGACGGCGUUGGGGAACUACGUCUCACUCACUUUCAGCUCCAUAAAAAUUGUCAAAAACUUUGUUGCCAAAAGCUCUGAGUGGAUAAAGGAGCGAAAGGAAGAGAAAAGCACUUUGGCCACAAUCCCAGAGAGAGCAAGUGACAUCCACAACAGAUUCAACCAGGUCAAAAAGGCAAAAACCAAAGGCACCACUUUUGUGGCUUUCUGGAAAUUUGUAGGAGACAGUAUUGUACCAGGAAGAACAUCAAAGAAGCAGGCUAAAGAGCAGAAGGAGCUGCAGACGGAGCUGGAGGUCCUGGUGCUGAAGAUUGUGGAGGGUCUAAAUGAGAUGCAGAUCUUUUUGGAGGCGGUGGAGAAGUUAAUGGUGACUUCAGAUCGAGUGUUUGAGCAAACCCAGGUGGUAGAGCUGUCUGAAGAAACUGAUCUGGAGUCAGUGAAGAGGAUCAUAUUUGCUGCUCGGAUCAUCAGGCCUCUGCUGCUGCUCUUCAAACGGAACAAUGAGGAGUUCUUCAAAGCCAAAGUGCACAAUGUGGAAGUGAUGAAGAGUCAACUGCGUCAGUACAUCGGGACCAUCAAGGACAUCUGCAGUGCUUUUAGAGAAAGCUCUGUUGCAGAUUUCUGUCUGAACAAACCCACGUUUUCCCUGAAACCAGAAGUGUCUGAAGAUGAUGUUGAAAAGAUGCUCAUCAACAUAAACACCCUCGACCAAAUCAGGAAGAACAAACACUUCCGGAUGUUGUUCUUGUUCCAUGAUGAACACAGAACCUUCAUGGAGAUGUUUCGAGAGAGGAGGGAGAGGAUGCUGGAGGUCCUGGAUGAGCUGGAGCCCUGUGCAGUGAAGUUAGACCGAAUGAACAAAGGAGCUCGGAUCUCCAACGUGGUGAGCAGCUCUGUGGGGGUGGUGGGAGGAGGUUUGUCCAUCGCUGGUUUGGCUCUGAUCCCUGUCACUGCAGGAUUGUCUCUGGGUCUGACUAUAGCUGGAGCUGCGACAGCAGGGACCACCGUAGUCAACAGUUUAGUAACCACGGUUACAGAUCAUUUUUACAGUAAAACACAGAAGAACAACGCCAGUGAGAACUUUAAAAGGUUCAUGACAGAUGUGGAUGAGCUCCAGAACUGUCUGAAAAACAUCAUUGACAAUCAUUUCCGGAGCACAGAAAACAUUGAUAUUGUCAAAGCUCUGAAGAUGACAGGAAAAGGGGCGACAUUUGCGAAAUGCAUUGAUGCGAUUGUAGAUGGUGUUUCUGUCAUUAAAAUGUUGAAGGCAGAGAAAGCUGUAGUUAAAGCUGCAGGUUCAGGGAGGGCUGUAGGUCAGGCUGCAUCAGACGUCCCAGAGUUGGGCCAGGCGGCUCUCAGAGGUCCUCUGGCCAUGUCCACAGCUGCUCGAAAUGGCUUUAUCGUUGCUAAUGCUCUGUUCAUUGGUGUGGACGUGUUUAUCAUCACCAGUGAAGGCAUGAGUCUGUCCUGGGGAAGUGAGACCGAGACCUCAAAGUGGAUCAGAGCCAGAGCCGCUCUGUGGAGGUCAGAGGUCAACUCUCUGCAGAGGAUCAAUGAUUCUCUGGAGGAAGGACAGAAGCUCUUGGAGAAGAAACAUGUCCUCCAGGAGCCCUUCUAUUGUGAGUGAUGGACUGUAGAAAAACCCACAGAAGGUUCAGAGCGUUUUAAAGGGAGCAAACAUGUGCCAUGGCCUUUUGCCACGUUCAGAUGAAUAAAGUAAUAAAAUACUUAGAGUUUUAUGGAAGUGAACGUAACACAGACAAUGAUUGACCUGAAGAUGGUUAUAAAAGUGACACACAAAAUGUGUCCAGUGAAAUCUUUUUCAGUCUAUUUCACAGUUCUCUAUGUGUUUUUGAAUGGUUUUGAAAUCAUUAUUUUAUCUACAGAGGUUCCUUAAUCAAACCAGAGAAUUUCCUUUCAAAGUCGUAUAUUUAAGCGCAGUGUGUAACAAACAUGUAAAUACUGCAGUAAUAAUCCAUCAUAACAUAGGACCAGUGUGUAUAUCUCACUUCUGCUGAGCUUCUUUCCUCCACCUCCGUCGUUCACUUUCUGUCACAGGUCUGAGCACAGAUCCACACUUAAAACCACGUCAGCUUUAAACAACUGCAGUCUCUUUGUAACGAGAGACGUGUCAUCACUAAAACAAGAGGAAACUGUAAAACAUGGACUCUAUAAAAGUUUCUUCCCUCUGACUCAUAAACUCUUUAAACACCUGUAACACUUGCUGUUUAAAGAGGUUUUCUGCUUUUGUGUCUUCAGCCAUUUCUUUGCAACUGAAAGUCUGUAAAAUGAGCUUCUUGGUGAUUUUUUUUUUCUUAUUUUGGUCUAUUAAAAAUAAAAUCAUAUUAUGAUUAUUAUUGGGACAGGAGGAGAGAAAAUCAGGAUGUCUUGUAGUUGUGUGUAAUUUGUCUUUUAUGUGAUUGUCUGUUAUCGUCUGUUGUGAUUCAUUCUUGUUGCUCUUGUUACUUUCUUGAGAAAAAGAUGAUGCAGCUCAAGGGGUGAUCCUUAAUAAAAU